CCGCGCCUCCUCGCGCUGCUGGCGCUGCUGGCGCUGGCGCCGCCGCCGGCGGCCGGGCCCGACUGCCCGUGCCGGGAGCCCGCGCUCUGCCGCCCGAUCCGCCGCCGCCCCGACUUCGAGGUCUUUGUAUUUGAUGUUGGACAGAAAACUUGGAAAUCUUAUGAUUGGUCACAGAUUACAACCGUGGCUGUUUUUGGAAAAUAUGACUCAGAACUUAUGUGCUAUGCUCAUUCAAAAGGAGCCAGAGUAGUACUUAAAGGAGAUGUGUCCUUAAAGGAUAUCAUUGAUCCUACGUUCAGAGCAUCCUGGAUAGCUCAAAAACUUGAUUUGGCCAAGACACAACAUAUGGAUGGAAUUAAUAUAGACAUUGAGCAAGAAGUUAAUUGUUCAUCACCUGAAUAUGAUGCAUUAACUGCUUUAGUCAAAGAAACCACAGACUCUUUCCAUCGUGAAAUUGAGGGAUCACAGGUAACCUUUGAUGUAGCUUGGUCUCCAAAGAACAUAGACAGAAGGUGCUAUAAUUAUACUGGAAUUGCAGAUGCUUGUGACUUUCUCUUUGUGAUGUCUUAUGAUGAACAAAGUCAGAUCUGGUCAGAAUGUAUUGCAGCAGCCAAUGCUCCCUAUAAUGAGACAUUAACUGGAUAUAAUGACUACAUCAAGAUGGGCAUUAGCCCUAAGAAACUUGUCAUGGGUGUUCCCUGGUAUGGUUAUGAUUAUACCUGCCUGAAUCUCUCUGAGGAUCAUGUUUGUACCAUUGCCAAAGUCCCUUUCCGGGGGGCUCCCUGCAGUGACGCUGCUGGACGUCAGGUGCCCUAUCAGCUGAUCAUGAAGCAGAUAAAUAGUUCUAUUUCUGGAAGCCAAUGGGAUAAACAUCAGCAGGCUCCUUAUUAUAACUAUAAAGACCCUGCGGGCCAUUUUCACCAAGUGUGGUAUGAUAACCCUCAGAGCAUUUCUUUAAAGGCAGCAUAUAUACACAUCUACGGCUUGCGGGGCAUUGGCAUGUGGAAUGCCAAUUGUCUUGACUACUCUGGAGAGACUGUGGCCAAACAGCAAACUGAAGAAAUGUGGAAAGUCUUAAAGCCAGAGCUGCUCAGAGAUCAACAUCUUUUGUCAAACUAUUAAGAUGCAGAAAAAUGAUCUAUAUACAUAGCUCUGGUUUCGGGAAGAUAUUAAAAAAGGAUGCAUUUUGGUCAUGUUGCCGUAUAUGUUAGUUAUUAGUAUACUCAAAAAAGCAGACAAGGAAUAAAAAAAGCUUUGAAUGUUUGAAUUUGAAAAAUACA